GGCCUAUGAUUGGCUGAGUAUCUGAUUGGCUGAGUGCUGAUUAAACUGACCUAUAAAUUCUGAGGUAAGAAGAGGACAUUUUCACUCGGGGUCUGCUGGACGAAAGAAUACACAGUCGAAGAUCUUCAGCUGAGGAGUGUGGAGUACCUGCAAUGGCGUCUGUCCUGAGAUGGGCCGUGGUGUACUGGACCCUCACUCAAGUCUUCCUCCUCUGUGGUGCUUUGGGAAGCCCAGUCCACGUUCAACUUAAUGUUGAUGGCACAGAUGACGCAAGACUUACAAAAAUGAAAGGUUUAAUAAAAAUAAGGUAUAAUCCUCAAGAUACAGAUGCUUCCGUUGAAACAGCUGAACUCGUAAAACUGUACGUAACAGGAAAAUUCAGUGAAGUGGACAAAAACAAAGAUGAAAAUGUAUAUUUUAAUUGGGAUAAUAUAAAGAUCAGUGGUAAGGAAUUAGGAGAGUUUGUUUUAAGGAAGUUCAAAGGUGACCCUGUUGUUAUCGUCGUGUUUCCGAAUGAUCUGCAAACACCUCACGGCUUUCAAUUCCAGAAGGAGUUUGAAGAAGAGGUACAGAAAACAAAUGACAGAAUCACAGUUGGGCGAGGGGUGAUAAAUGUUUAUGUGGGUUUUGAUCUUCAAAAUCUGGAUGAAAAGGUGAAAACUCUCUUAGAAACAAAAGUAUUUGACCAUGAAAAAGAUGAAAAAUACUACAGCAUUUUUGCUCAAUACCACCAAAAUAAAUUCAGCUUCAGGACCGUGUUUACUGCAUGGAGAACUGAACCAAAGCCUGUAAAUAUAUUUCAGGUGAAAAUCCAGGAGGCAGACUCAGUGGCUGUUAAGCUGAUAUCUGCUUGUACUUCUGAUAACGGCUUGAAAGUGGGUUCACACACAGCGAAGGGUUUAACAGACAUUUUGUUGAAGCUGUUGCGAGUUCAGGAUGUGGAAACACAUCCAGAGCAAAGAAUCAGAGUCGAACUUCCAGAAACCUGUUGGACGGCGAAAGAUACAGAGGCUUUUACAGGCGACCUUGUUGACAACCUGAAUAACAAGCUUAAAGUUUAUGGGAAAGAGCCAAGUGUUCACAUACACGUUUACAGUAAAGAUGAUACAAGUGAUACAAAUGACAUAAAGGAUUUACACAAACAGGACAUUUUUGGGAAAAUAAAUGGUCAAAUCUCUCUAGAUCUAAAUCAGAAAUCUGCACCCACACUAGUAUCAUCUGCUAAGGAAUUGUUUAUUCACAUCCACUGCCAUGGGCUUUUUGGAAAAUUUCCUACUAUUUGCGGAAAGGAUUCAGGCACACUUGCAGGUAUUCUGUCUCAGUUCAUUAAAACAUUGUUGAUAAACUCUGUGACCAAGAAUGGAAUAAUCAUAUUUCAUGUUUGUAAUGCUGGUAGUGAACAUGGGCAGGAAUAUGUAAAGAAUUUUUUGACUAAUAUUAAUAAUUCUUUACAACCACAUAACAUAUUAAUCCAGGAAUCUCUAUCUUACAAAAAUUUUGUAAGCCUAAUUUUGGGAAACACUAUGGUAUCGCUUCCCUGUAGUGAAGAGCCUAAUCCUUUAUACUGGCCAAAGGCACCUGAAAAACAAGUGUUUGCUAGAUUCACAGUAAGAACCAUAAAAACCACACAGGGGUUUAAAGCUUUCUCUCUUUUACCACUUACUGAGUACAACCUCAUCUACAAAAUGUAGAAGUGCCUUUCCAAAACUUUCCACACUGAUGAAAAAGUUCAAUUUCUGCUUGACACGUGUGUUAUAAUUUCUUUAUUUCUGUCUGCUGACACACUGGACUAAUAUACUGUUCAAUGUUUACAGAUUAUUGUGUUCAGUUGCUUGACUUUCAUACGGUUUGGAUUUCCGGAAAGAGUUGCAGCACAGUUAUUUGUAAUGUGAUUAAAAGUUAUUG